GGUGCUGAGAGGAAUGGGUUUGGUCCCAAUGUGCCAAAAGAGACCCAAAUGAACAACGGUCUAAGUAACGGGUCAUUAAAUGCUCAUAAGUCUUUGGCUACUGUUGGUACUGAGAGAAAUGGGUUCAGUUCUGAUGCACCAAAAGAGGCCCAAAUCAACACCAGUUUUAGUAACGGAUCAUUAAACGGUCACAAAUCUUCAGCUACAGUUGGUACCAUGAGAAAUGGGUUCAGUGUUGCUGCACCAGAACAGAUCCAAAAGAAAGAAGGUUCAGUUCCAAAAAGUAUCUCAGAAUCCCAUUCAGAAAGCUCCCAGAAGUGCAAAAAUGGAGAUUUUAGCAUCCCAAUUUCUACAAUGGUCAGUUGUAGCAAGCCACUUGCGACUCUUGGAGAUAAUACGAGUAAAAUGGAGAAAGGCGACCCUGCCAAGGAAAUUGGUGGGAAUGAAUCAUUUGGUGCAAAUGGUCGGGGUGAUGGUCAAGAGGGGGUGGUUAUUGCAUCGGCAGAGAUAUCAGACUUACCCAAAAUGGGAAGUUCGAUGGAGAAGGAAGCUCUUGGCUGGAAAAAACACAAAAAAUCGAAGAACGUUCUGAAGUGUAAGGUACUAAGUAUGAAAUUCAGCUCAAACGUCUUUAUGGUGACAUCAUUAAACCAGCGGAAGAAAAAGAAACAUAAGCGAAGCAAAAAGGUCAAGAAUCUUGCUCAAGAGAACUUGAUUGAUGAAGGCCCGUCAUCAUCCCAAAAAAUUGAAGUACAGGCGGCUGUCAAACCUUCCGUUGAAAAUGAAUUAAAAGAGAGGGUUGAUAAAGACACUGCUGUGCUUGCAACAAGCAACAUUAAUGGCAUCUCAGCAGGAAGUCGAGCAGGACCAAAUCAUUUGGAUGAUUGCAAGGGAGCUUCAGCACAAAAAGAUUUGGUUCAUAUGCUUACCAGAGGUUUGGAAGACAGAACCGGUGAGUAAUAUUCUUCCUUCCUCUUUCAUUAUUUGUUAUAGUUUCUGUCACACAAUUUCUCCUUAUAGCUCAAGGAAAAUGCUUUGCCUAUUUGUCAAAUGUCUGAAGUACCCUUCAGGGAAAGACAAAUGAUGAAGUCUUCAGGAUCUAGAAUUUUUGG